GUUGAAAAAUUAGCUCCCGCCAUGGCUGCUGCUUUGCCUUUUCUUCUAUUCUUUCUUUCCGUCAUGACCCUCUCUCUUGCGAGCGUAAACAUAGACUGUGGAACGUCAUUGCCGGGCAUAGACAACAACAACCUAAAAUGGGUCGGAGACAAAGACUUCAUCACAUCCGGAGAGUCGGCCACCGUUUCGUCCACCACCGUCGAGAAAUCCCUCACAACACUUCGGUACUUUCCCACCGGCGACUCCAAUUGCUACUCCAACAUUCCCGUUACAAAAGGCGGGAAAGUUCUAGUAAGAACGAUGUUUUACUACGGGAAUUACGACGGGAAGUCCUCAACCCCAUCCUUCAACGUAGUGUUUGAAGGGAAACACCGAGGCACCCUAUCGAUAUCCUCGGCGUUCGAACCUUACCUUUUGGAGCUGAUAUUUUCUCCGGCCAGCGGAGAGACCAGCGUUUGUUUUGUACGUACGUCUUCAUCAUCAAACCCUUUUGUAUCUUCCAUUGAAGUUGUAGACUUGGACGAUGGCAUGUACAACGAGCUUGGUCCUGGUGAAGGUUUAUUUUACCAACAACGACGUGCGUAUGGUGCAACAGAAUUUCUAAGAUCGGAUCUUCAAGGUAGAUUUUGGCUCCCAUCCGAUAUAAACAUAUUGGUGACCGGACUACCGUCCACGGCUGUGUCGAUCGAUACCUCUGGUGCAUCAAACAAGCCGCCUGAGUCCGUCCUCCGUAACUCUUGGACCGCGGAAGGCUUAUCAUUAGUCGACCCUACUCUUCCUUUGAAAGAAGUUCCGGUGUACUUGGCUAUGUAUUUCUCGGAUCCUGUCCAACCGAGUUUACGAUCGUUCAACAUUUUCUUUGGUGGUAAGCAAGUUAGUAAGAGUCCAGUUGCGCCUGUGUUUGGAAAAGUCACGCAAGUGGUCGUGAGAGAUGUGGUGGCCAGCUCAAGCACCCCACUGACGUUCUGGUCCACUGCUAGUGCGCUUUUACCGCCCAUGAUAAAUGCGGCCGAGCUUUAUGUGAUAAGCUCCGGUGGGAGUAGCAAAGGAGGAACUGGAGGGAGCAAUGAAGUGAGUCCAGGUGGAUCAACCAAUGGAAAGAGCAGUAAACUGCCAAUUAUAAUCGGUGUGGUAUCCGCGGUUGCGUUUGUUCUUGUCGCAUAUGUGUUCAUCGCUAUAAUCUUAGCUAAUCGUCGCAAAGUGAGGCUGCAAGCCUUGGCUAUGCCUACGUCGUCCACAGUGGCUAAUAUGGGGACUGGAGCGUCAACUCUGUCCACACAACAGAUGGAAAACGAUUCAAACCAGCCUACAAAUGAAUCAGACAUGGGGGAGAUCGACGACCUAAUUGGAAUGAACCAGUCAUACGUAGCGCAAUGACAUUGAACAUCAUGUAAAAGAAAUGUUUUUACCUUGA